AUGAAUGUUGAAGAGUCAGAGAUAAAAUACUCGCUAAAACGACGCCGUCUGUUAUUUAACAAGGCAAAAUUGAAAGCUGUUUCACGUACAAGUGCUCUUCUAUCAGGGUUUGCUAUGGUUGCAAUGGUUGAAAUAUCAUUAGAUGAUCAUAAGAAUUCUAAAAAUUCAGCACCUUUGUUAGUCGUCUAUUCAGUUGUAACAUGUCUACUUGUUGGUGUGCAUCUAUUAGCAUUGAUGAUCAGCACAUGUAUAUUACCACAAUUAGAAGCUGACAGCACACUUGGCUACGACGCAUACGAAUCACAUUCAACAAUGCAUAUCUAUAUUGAAUUAGCUUGGAUUUUAAGUACUGGUUUUGGCAUAUUUUUGUUUCUGGUUGAAAUAGCAAUAGUAUGUUGGGUCAAAUUUUUCUAUGUAACACGUCCAGCGGCAAUAGCCACAACAAUUGUAAUUGUACCAGUUAUAAUCUUAUUUUGCAUAUUUUCAUUGCAUUUUUAUCGACGUCUUAUUUCAUCUAAAUUAAGUCAUCAUCAAGACGAAUUAAAUGAGAUUGAAAAUACAUUAACGAUUUGUGUUCGAUUUAAUGAAUGUAUCAGUAUGAUGACAGUGGAAAAAGGUGAAGCAAUUAAAGAAAAAGGAAAUAAUCAUUUUUUACAAAAAAAGUAUCAUGAUGCUAUUCACUGUUACAAUCAAGCAUUGAAUCAAAAUGGUGAAAAACCUGCGUAUUAUGUUAAUCGUGCCUUAUGUUACAUAAAACUAAAACAAUGGGAUAAAGUUUAUCAAGAUGCUCAUCAUUGUCUUGAUCUUGAUCCAAACUAUAUUAAAGCUCAUGCUUAUUUAGGACAGUACUAUGUUGAACAACAACGAUACGAUGAAGCCAUAAUAUGUUUUAAACAAGCACUUGAUCUAUGCAAAGUUCAAAAUAAAAAUUUUGGUGGUGAAAUUCAAAGAUUUUUAAAUUAUGCACAUAAAUGUCGUUUUUCAUUGAUGGAACAAAAACGUAUUGAAAAUGAAAAUAGUUUACAAACAUAUGUUCGUUCAUUGAUACAAACAGAUAAAGAACGACGGAUGCAAUUAUAUAUAGAGAAAUAUUUUCAAGAACACGAAACAAAUACAAACAAAAAAUUGGAGUCAGCAUCUUCCACAGUACCAUCAUCGACAAUAUCGAACAGUCUUUCAAUUUUAAAGCAAUAUUUAUCAAAAACAGUCGGUUAUCAUAAUCAACAGACAACAACAACAAAUGUUUCUUCGAAUGUUCCGUUAAAUACAGAAGCAGUAACAAAAUCUGAUAAUCAAACGGAUAUUACAGUUGAUUCACAACUCGAAAAAGGACUAUCCGAAAUCGAACAAUCAUCCAAUCAAUCAUUGCAAGAAUUGAAUAACUUAUUUAAUGAAGCUGAUACAAAAAGAAAACGACAUGAAAUACCAGAAUAUUUAACAUGUAAACUUUGUUAUGAUCUUAUGAGAGAUCCGGUGAUUACACCAUUCGGUAUUACUUAUUGUCGAUCAUGUAUUGAAGAAAAUUUAUAUAAAGUUGGUCAUCUUGAUCCCAUAGCUAAUAAACCAUUAGCUGUUGAACAAUUAAUUAACAAUUUGGUAUUGAAAGAAAUUGUUGAAAAAUUUAUUAAAGAAAAUGAAUGGGUGAACUCAGAAUAUUUAUAA